CAGGCCCACAGUUUGGGCCACAAUCAGCCACAGCCGCUGGGCUUUCCACCUGAUCGGUAGAGAGAGAAGCCUAAUAAACACCAAACAAAGAAGGAAAGGGAACGCGACGUGCAAGCUGAAGAAGAAGAAGAAGAAGACGAAGAAAGCUUGAGCAAGCUCUCAACGUGUUCGAAAAUUAAAAUAUUUACAGGAUGAUGUCCGGAGGCAACUACACAAGCCUCGACAACCAGAAAGUCUCUGGAUCCGUACCUGCUGUCUCAGAUCCAGGUCAUGUCGCCGUCAAGUUCUCCGAUUCGAGUCUUCAGACAUUUCCACCGUCCGAGACGCAGGGGAAGAUUUCGGGCAGAUCGCGCCCGCCCCGUGAUGCGGAUGAUACCUUUUCCAAACCUGUAUCUGGUUCUGAGGAGCCUCAGCAAAGUGGUUGGUUUAAGACAUUCACAGUUGCUGCUUACAAGCCCUACUUUGAUGUUGACACUUCAGAUGUUGUAGAGAGGAUUAAAGAUUCACUCUUCCCAUUCAGUGGAAGCUUUUCUGAAAAGACAGCUAGCAACCCAGACCUGUAUGGACCAUUCUGGAUAUGUACUACCUUGAUAUUUGUUGCAGCUUCGAUUGGAACAUUUGUUACAUACUUGGCACACAAGCUACAGAAAAAAGAAUGGGACUAUGACAUUAAUCUGGUGACUUGGUCUGCGGGUUUGUUCUAUGGUUAUGUGACAAUUGUUCCUCUAGGCUUGUAUGUAAUCCUCAAGUAUUUCUCAGCACCGUCCGGCCUCGUCCAGUUGUUUUGUCUUUAUGGCUACUCCCUCUUCAUCUUCGUUCCAGCCUUGUGUCUCUCUGUUGUGCCCUUGGAAUUGUUUCGUUGGGUGGUUGCAGGCAUUGCGGGGUUCAUGUCAGCUACAUUUGUGGCACUUAAUCUCCGAGCCCACAUUAAGUCAGCAGGUGAGAGGUGGUUCCUCAUAGUGGCCAUGAUCUUUCUACUGCAGCUGGCUUUGUCUGUGGUACUGAAGUUGUAUUUGUUCAAGGUCACAGUAUAGCAAGUAAAUUUGGUUUCUCACCAAGGUGGCUUGAACAAAUUGUAGAUCGCACAGAGAGAGCUUUUUGGUCCUUCGGGUUUUACAUUCAUCGAUUAAAGCCUACUUGUAUUCUUUCGUUUAUAGCAAAAUAAACUAGUGACAAUCUUCUUAUGUAAUCAUUUCAAGCAUUGUUUAUGAAGUGGACUGAAAAGUGGAAACAUGGAAGUAUAAAUGUCAAACAUCAUGUUUAGUUUGCUGAUGGAAUAGGUGUAGGAAAGAAAUGACAUAAAAAUUUAUAUGAGAAGCAUGACAAAAUGAAGUUAUAAA